UCACAAACCUUUGGCAAGAGCUACGGUCGAUUCGUUGGGAUCGAUGGUGUACAGAAUCCCUUCAUACCUAAUUUCAGCCUUAGAAAUCAGACUUAUCUUACUACCGAGAUAUGGAAUACCUCCUCCACUCAUGGUUGAAACUGACCAGAAGGUCUAGAAGAUAGGAUGGAGACGGAUUUUCGCACCAAGUUCUCGGUCGACUUUCUUCCCGAAAUAAAAUGGCGGUACUGACUGAAAGGCUUCGCGGAGCGAAUAGAUGGCGCUGUUCGAGUAGCGCACUUGCAAAAAAUCAAAAUUUGAGAUGCAUACAGAAUGUCAUGCAAAGCCUGUGCACUCAUUUUCAAAACAUAACUCCAUGUCUCGUUUUUUACCAAUCCUUAAACGCUUCCUCAUCAACAAAGGCUCAAGUUUGUUAAAAAGCUAAGUGCCAAAAACAUUUUUGUGGCGUGUCAAACUUAAGGUGCUUGUUCCGCGCAUGCGUAUAUCAGUUUGUGAGGCAGAAAAUGGCGAACGGUAACCCGUUAGAGGAAUAUCUAUCUUCUGACGUCGAUGAGAGCGUAAUUAACGCUUUAGUUGGAUCUUUGGAAAGUCAGCUAGCUUCACCAACAUCCAAAGAACAACCGAGACAAAAAUCUCAGCUAAAUGCGCUUCCCAACCACAUAAAAUCAGAGUUGAACUCCAUACAAAAUCAACACACUUCUGAAGCGGGACAAAAAACAGGUUUGAAUUUGCAGAAUCAAAAUCAUUCGAACUCUAACACUGUAGGAACAGUUAAAACGCAAGUGCCAAACACUCAGAUCAUUGGAAUAAAUUCAGUGGGUCCUGGAUCACCAUCAUUAGGGGUUGGAAAGGCCCCAACCCCCAAAAUUAUAGUGAAUAGUAGUGGGGUUGUGCAAAGAUCUACAAGUUCAAAUCCCAUUUCAACCAGUGUCAGCCAACAAGUAAUAUCAGUUAUAAACAAUACAAACGCUCAAAACGUUGUGCAGCAAGUCAUAAAUAGUGCACAACGAAAUAUAGCGAACCAUAAAAACACUGCUGCGAGUGGUAUGGCACAGGAUAAUCCCAGUGCUAUGUAUGGUUUAGCAGCAGUGGCUGCAGAACAAAAACCUAUGAUGGUUCCAAAAUCAGAAACACUUACUCCCCAAGCAGUAGCAUCACUCGCACACAAUCCAAAUGUAUCAAUACAGAAUUCCCAUCAAAGUCCUUCAGCUCAAUUUGUGAUAAAAUCAGAGACCAAUAACAGUGCUGUUCCUAUUAAGGUAGAGCCAACUGGUAGAGUAACUCCUCAACAAACUGUUGUUAAUAUUGUAUCCACUCGGAGUUCUACACCAGUGUCAACUGGUGCGAUUGUAAAUACUUUUACACCAUCACCACAAACAGUUACUAUAGUAAGGACUCAGGCUCCAGCAAAUUCACAACAAAUUGUUGUAAAUACUGGUAGAAGUCAGCAAAAAACAAUAGCUCCAAGGAUGGUUACAGCUCAACAACAACAUAGAAUGGUUUCCAGUGGUCCAGUAAGAAUAGCAUCCAGUCCACAACAGAUUAUUGCACCGCGAUUACCUGGCAACCCGGUAAGUUUCUUGUGGAGAAUAGUGGAGUGCUUAGUUGCCAGCAAUAGCCAUACAUGCACUAUUUUUUUGAAUUGUUUCUAUACAUAUAAUUUGGUACCAUGUACUGCAUCUUUAUGUUUACUUGAAAAAUACAUAAUAAUGAUGUUCAUUUUUUAUUUUUGACAGAAUCAGCAUUUUCAGGGAAAAAGUACUGAAAUCAAUAUGAAUGAUAAAUAUUUUUUAAGUCAACAUGAUCUGUAAUUGCCUCUUUUUGAUUGAGCUUCAGCUUGUUUUUUUUCUCUAAGAAAAAUCCUCAUAGCUUUCAUUGUAAGAAGCUCUUAACUAUGUACCAAAAACUGA